UCCGGAAGAGUCGGUGGGAAGAUUGCAGCACAUCUAAGUGUGGAAACACCUGACCCAAGCAGAGGAAAAUAUAUUUAUAUAUAUGAUUAUUUUUGCUAUAGAAUUUUUACCAAGCGCACGAGGAAAAGAACAGGGUAAAGUCCCGGAGAGGAGCAUCUGGAUGACGUUGACUCCAUUCACACCAACUAAGCGAGGACUUAAUCAGACAUAUUUAUACGUUUUUUCACCAGGCAUCGUUUUCAGAACAAAGUUUUCUAUUUACGCGUAAAGUCAUUUUGAAUUGGAUUCAGAAGAUUCUCAACAGACACUGGGCCACACUUUUCCAUCUUCUCCACCUGAAACUGUUUUAAUGGAAACAUGAACGAAGCUGUAAACGGACCAGUUCCGCUGCACAGCGUCCUCUUCCACCUGCUGCUGCUUCAAGUCUCAUCCGUGCGUUUGUUCCCGCCACACGCGCAUCCAACGCGCCUCGUGGGCCAAAUAGCCGAGAACUCUCCGGUCGGGACGUCGGUGGACGGGGUGAUGCUGUCCCUGAGAGCGGGGGGCUGCCCGGGUGCCCAUCGAGAUGCUAGACUAAAAGGAAAGUACGCUUCGGAUUUUAGGCUCGUUUACCACCGCGGCCGUUUGGGAUUAUUCUCUGCCAAACCCCUGGACCGGGAGUUUAUAGCAAUGUACGAGCUGGUGGUGGAGCUGCCGACCCGGUGUCUGAGGAGACUAGCUGCUGUGCAGGUCGAGGUGUCGGAUAAAAAUGACAACAUACCCCGUUUCACUGGCGGUAACCACACAGUUGAAGUGGACGAGCUUACGCAGCUCGGUACCGAGCUUGCUCGCUUUGACGCUAAGGACAACGACGCGGACAGGAACGGACGUCUCACGUUCUAUGCGUCUCCAAAGUCUUACCUGCUCCACGUGGUUCCUCAAACCGGGCAGGUGAGGCUGGUUGGGUCCCUCCUGGGUGUUAGCCAGGUGACACUUCGCCUUUAUGUGAAGGACGGUGGGGAUGUGGCGCUCACAGGAGAACCAGUGUUCCUGCACAUUGACGUCCGUCGUUCCAGCAGAGCACGGCGGAGGCACCGGUCUCUGUCCGAGGACCAGGCCUACACCGUGACAGUCCCAGACCACGUUGGAGUAGGAGAAUUGGUGUUUACUGUGCCGGACCAAAAGUUCGAGCAACGAUGGUUCGAAGUGGAAUCCGGCACAGAUUCGUCAGUUCAAAUCGAGAGGGAUUCGGGGCGUGUGUUCCUGGCGCGCAGCCUGCAGGAACCCACGGAGGUAGUGGUGAAGAUCCACAGCCUCAGAGGUAAGGACUGGUACCUGAGCAGGCUGACUCUGAGAAGGGCCAGUCAAGCCGACCUGCAGUGGUCCAUGCUUCCGUUGCCUUACCUGGGUGCUGUGGGCCGCGACGCCACACCUGGGACUGUGGUAUAUCGACUGUCGGCACGGCAACGAGAUGCACGAUUCAACCUACUGGAUGGGGGAGAAGACUGCUUUGAGGUGGACACUAGCUCUGGUGAGAUCCGGACCACUGGGCGACCACUGACCCCCAGUAAAGAGUACCUGCUAAGGGUGCAGGUGACGGACGGACAGGGACAUAGCGGCCCACCGGCCACUGUGGCCAUCCUGGCUGGAUACCGGCCUCCACAGUUCACCAGAUCUAGCUACAACCUGAACGUCCCAGAAAACACGGCUGUCGGCCAAUCCAUCGCCUCCGUUCUCGCCGUCUCCUUUCAGAGGAAGUCUCUGUCCUACAUGCUGCUGCUGAAUCCUGGGAACCUGUUCAGUAUCCACCAGGAGAGCGGAGCCCUGAGCCUCACCAGGACGCUCGACUACGAGGGAGGACAGAACCUGCACACGCUGCAGAUCAGAGUGUCUGAGAGCGACACUGGCCUCAGUGGUGUGGCAGAGGUGCUUGUCCAUGUAACGGAUGAAAACGACUGCACACCAGAGUUCCUGCUGCCCAUCUACAGCAGAGACGAUGUCUCUGAGGACGUGCCCCCUGGAGUCUCGCUGCUCCAAGUUGUGGCACGGGACUGUGACUCUGGUGUGAACUCUGAGCUCUCGUACUUUGUUCAUGGCGGUGACUUCGCCAUCUCGCCUGGAGGCGUGGUCAGCCCCGCCCGUCGCCUGGACUACGAGCGGCCCAAUCACAUCUACGAGUUUGUGGUGAUUGCCGUGGAUGCAGGGACCCCGCCCCGCACGGGUACCGCAUCCAUUCGCAUCCGGGUUUCUAACAGCAAUGACGAGGCUCCUGUCUUCUCCCAGAGCGUGUACAAAACCUUCCUGAGUGAGGACGCUGGUCCAGACACACUGGUCGCCAUUGUCCAUGCCAACGACCCAGAUGGCGAUGCUGUGUCCUACGCCAUCACAGGUGGCAAUGAGGACAGCAACUUCCUGCUGGACAAGCAAAAGGGCAUCAUCAAGCUGCGGCAAAGUCCAGCUCCAAGGCUGAGGGGCCCCCAGUACGUGCUCAACGUAACCGCCACGGACGACAACGCGUCCAGGGGCCCACACCCCCUGAGCAGCUCUACCCAGGUCAUCGUGGGCAUCAAUGACGUCAACAACAACAAGCCGCUCUUCCAGGAUUGUCAUGACUACAGCCUGAACGCCAUCGUCCUGGAGAACCAGCCUCCGGGGACGUUCGUCCUCCGCGUCCAGGCCCAGGACGCCGACAUGGGUGUAAAUGGAGAGAUCCGAUACGACAUCAUGCACAAAGACGGCGUGUCGUCCGGGUUCCUCAUCGACCCGGACUCCGGUGUGAUCACCACGGCAAUGAGCUUCGACCGCGAGCAUCAGAGGGAAUUCAUGCUGUCAGUGACGGCAACGGAUCGGGCUGAGGAUCCGCUGAUCGGCAUCUGUCAGAUCAGUGUCGUGAUCGCAGACGAGAACGACAACGGGCCGAGGUUCGAGAACAGCCGCUACCAGUACUUCCUGCGCGAGGACACUCCAGUGGGAACAAGCUUCCUGCGAGCAGCAGCACAUGACGACGACCAGGGCAGCAACGCAGCCAUCAGCUACUCCCUGUCCAAUCAGACACCGGCGUACCUGCACAUCAACCCCAGCACGGGCUGGAUUUACGUCAAUCACCCCAUCUCCCAGACAUCCAGGAUCAACCAGCAGAUUGUGGCGUCUGAUGGCGGCAACCGCAGCAGCACAGUGGAGCUGAGCAUCAUCAUCACCAACAUCCACAACCAACCACCGCACUGGGAGCAGCCAGAAUACUGGGUCACCGUGCCAGAAAACACAGUGCGAGACACCAAAAUAGUGACCAUCAGGGCCACAUCUUCCCUAGGUGACCCCCGUGUGACCUACAACCUGGAGGAGGGUCAGGUGCCAGAAACCAACAUGCCGAUACGGUUCUACAUGAAGCCCAACCGGGCCGAUGGCUCCACAUCCAUCCUGGUGGCUGAGAACCUUGACUACGAAACAACGCGUUUCUUCACGCUCAGAGUGCGAGUCCAGAACGUCGCCGCAGUUCCACUGGCCUCCUUCACCACCGUGUACGUCAACGUGACAGACGUCAAUGACAACGUUCCCUUCUUCCUGUCCUCCAUCUACGAGGCCACGGUUCCAGAAGGAGCAGAGAUGGGCACGUCAGUGACUCAGGUGUCGGCCACAGACCUGGACUCUGGUCUGCACGGGAAGAUCCAUUAUGUGAUCCUGAAGGACGAGAGUGGAGACUCACAGUUCUUCAGCAUCGACUCGCACAGUGGAGUCAUUGUGACCCAAGCCUUAUUCGACCGUGAGCAGAAGGCCUCAUACCUGAUUGAGGUGCAGUCGCAGGACAGCGAGGAAUCAGCCCGACCGGGCCAGCAGGGCCAGCCCAACACAGACACGGCCUACGUCAGGAUCUUUGUGGCGGAUGUGAAUGACAAUGCGCCGCAGUUUGCCCAGCCCAUGUAUGAGGUGAGUUUGAAGGAAGACAAAGAGGUUGGCUUCAUCCUCAUCACUGUCACCGCCAACGACAAGGAUGAAGGAGCCAAUGCCAAACUGCGCUACCAGAUCACCUUGGGAAACACCAUGGGCACCUUCGAUGUGGAGCCGGAGGUGGGCACCAUCUUUGUGGCUCAGCCUCUGGACUACGAAACGGAGCAGCGCUAUGAGCUGCGGCUGGUUGCUUCUGACGGGAAGUGGGAGAACGAGACGCUUGUGGUGGUUCAUGUGGUGAAUCUCAACGACGAGGCGCCCAUCUUCAGCCAGACAGAGUACAGCGCUGUGGUGACUGAGGAGCUCACCCAGCUGCCGGUUUUCCUUCUAGAGGUGUCGGCCACAGAUCCGGACCAGGAGGCUGACCAGGCUGCUGUCCGCUACUCACUCCAUGGCCAGGGAGCUGACAGUGAAUUCACCAUAGAUGACCGCACCGGGAGAAUCUUCGCCGAGCGCCGCCUGGACCGUGAGGAACGUGCUGCCUGGAGGUUCCUAGUCCUUGCAACAGACGAGAAAGGGGCAGGACUCACAGGGUUUGCUGAUGUUCUGUUGGAGGUCAGAGACGUCAAUGACAACGCACCAUUCUUUCCGUGCCCAGCCUUAGAGGUAGACCGAUGUUUUGUCGGCCAAGUGUCUGAAAAUUCACCUGCAGAUACAUCUGUCAUGGAGAUGCGGGCCUUGGACUUAGACGACCCAAAUGAGGGCCAACAUGCAACUCUGACCUACAGCAUCAUCAAGAACAUUCGCAAUGAGAUCAACCUCAACCUUUUCUCCAUCAACGCUACUACAGGGACCAUCCACACAGUGCUGCGCUCCCUGGACCGAGAGGACAAGGACCGGUAUCUGGUGGUGGUGGCGGCCAGGGAUGGGGGCGGGUUGGCUGGGACAGGAACAGCCACCAUACUGGUUUCAGAUGUCAACGACCACCCGCCCAUCUUUACUCAGAAGGUCUACACCACUCAGAUGACAGAGGACCUAGAGGUGAACAGCGAGGUUCUUGUAGUGUCCACUACAGACGGGGAUGAGGGGGAAAAUGCUGUGGUCACCUACAGCAUUGUUGGGGGUGAUGAGUAUAGAAAGUUCUUUGUGGAGACAGACAACAUGAAGCGACGCGGCGUGAUAAAGCUUAAGAAGAAGGUUGAUUUUGAGAAAGUCCAGGAGAGGGCUUUUAACCUGACCCUGAAGGCUGAAGACGCUGACUUUUUCAGUCUGGCAUCCUGUGUCAUUCAGGUAGAAGAUUCCAACGAUCACGCGCCAGUGUUUCUCCCUCAGUUCUACGAGUUACCCGCCAUGUCUGAAGAUGUGGCUGUAGGGACCAUCGUUGGUCAGGUCACGGCCUACGACCUCGACUCAGGUCAGAAUGGACGCUUGUUUUACAGUAUCUCUGGAGAGUCUGACCCUUACGGUCAGUUCCAGGUGGACCAGUCAGGUUUCUUGAUCGUGGCUGAACCUCUGGACAGGGAGAAAUCCUCUCAGCAUAGGAUCAUGGUCUUUGCUACAGAUGCUGGAAACCCACCCCUGAUCGGCACUGCCAUUAUUGAGGUGACUGUACUUGACAUCAACGACAACGGGCCAGAGUUCGAGGUCUCCUACAGGCCUGUUGUGUGGGAGAACACGGCAGCCCCCCAGGCAGUACGAAUGAAUGCAACCUCCCUACUGCUCCACGUCACAGAUCGUGAUGCCUCGAGCAAUGCUGGCCCUUUCUCCAUACGCCUGCUGAGGCUUACCUCGGACGCCACCAACUUCAACCUGACAGACUUUAGCAACGGCAGCGCUGCCAUCACAGCCCUCCGGACCUUUGAUCGUGAGCUGCAGAAAGAGCACCGACUCCCCAUUCUUAUGGUGGACAGCGGCUCUCCUCCUAUGAGCUUCACCAGCACGCUGACAGUCGUCAUUGGCGACAGAAACGACCACCCCCACUCACCAGGACACACCCACUUCAUCGUCUACAGCUAUGAGGGUUUUCUCCCAACGACUGUGCUUGGGCGGGUUGAGUCCCCUGACCUCGAUGACUGGAGUGAGAAGGUGUAUUGCUUCGAAGGCAAAGCUUCUAGGUUUUUCAGUCUGAACCAGAGCUCUGGGGAGCUCAGUGUGAAGGAGGGAGCUCCACCCGGCUCCUACCUCCUGCAGGUGCGCGUGUCAGACUCCACCUGGCCCGACGUGGUCUCCACUGCUCAGGUGGACGUUAUAGAUCUGAAGCAAAUGGCACUUCAGAACGCCGCCUCUAUGUGUCUGUGCAAUGUGACUGUGGAGGAGUUUUUCAGCAGCAGAGGAGGUGAAGGGAGCCGGUUCUCCCGUCUGGGUCAGACGUUGGCUGAACUUCUGCAAGUGCUGCGGGAAAACGUCCAGAUCUUUUCUGUGGGCGAGUCAGAGAAAGGGCUCAUUGUGUGGUUCACUGCCCGCGGCUCACUGUACUACAAGGCGGAGAAGCUGCAUGGCUACGUGGCAGCAAGCAGAGCCAAGCUGGAGGCCUCGGUGGCAGCAUCCAUCUCCCAAGUGGGUGUGGACGACUGUGCCCACACCGACUGCAGUCCAGCCGGGGGCUGCAGCACCGAGGUGACCUUCAGUCAGGCCCCGGUGGUGCUCAGCUCUUCUAACACCUCCCUGGUGUCACUGGCGGCUUCACCAACAGCGCGGUGUGGUUGUCGGGGUCGAGAGGCCAUCCGCAUGGCCUGUUCUGCCUACCCAGCCAACCCCUGCCUGAAUGGGGGCACCUGUCAGGAUGGGCCGCUGGGAUACCAGUGUAAAUGUCCUCUCAUGUUCGAUGGCCCCGAGUGCCAGCAGACCAAACACAGCUUCGGGGGGCAGGGCUAUGCCUGGUUCCCUCCCAUCAGGCCUUGUUUCCAGAGUCACAUCUCUCUGGAGUUUCUGGCAGAAGCUUCUAACGGGCUGCUGCUCUACAACGGGCCACUCAGUCCUGUUACCUCUGGAGAGCGAGAAGACCUAAUCUCUCUUGAGUUGAAGAGCGGAGUCCCAGCCCUAAGCAUAAACCACGGCUCAGGAACGCUGACACUGCAGCUGCCACCCAAAUCCACGGUGACCGACCGACGCUGGCAUCGCCUCGAUGUCCUCAGCGAUGGAAAGGCCGUGCAGCUGAUUCUGGACCAGUGUGAGGCUGCAACACUGAAUGAGCUGGAGGUGGAUGAGUCCAGCUGCAGAGCUGCAGGGGAAACGCCUGGGAGCCACAGGCACCUCCAUGUGUUCCAGCCUCUUCAGCUGGGAGGAGUGAAGCUAACCUCCUCCCUGCACCGCUACCACGGUUUCACGGGAUGUAUCCGUAACCUGGUGGUGGACAGUCAGGUGUACGACCUGCAGUCUCCAGGUGAGAGCGAGGCCAGCGUGCCAGGGUGCCAGCUGACUGACGGGGUGUGUGCGACGGCGGCGGCUCCUUCCUGCGGCCUUCGUGCCUCCUGUCUUGCUGACUGGGGCUCUUUCAGCUGCGAUUGCCACCCGGGCUUCACUGGACACAAGUGUGACAGGGCUGUCCCCGAGUUCUCCUUCGGCUCUGCCAGCGUUGUGAGUUACCAGCUAAGAGGAGGUGGCAGUACACGACGCACAAACAUCCAGUUGCUGCUUCGCACCAGAGCCACCUCAGGCGUCCUGCUGUCCGUGGCGUCGCGCGAGGCCAGCAAGUACAUGGUGCUGGAGGUCACAGAGGGCCACCUCUCUGUUCGUGCCAACCUUGGCGACGGGGCCCACGCUCUGAGGCUCCAGGGACAUCGGGUGGAUAUUGGCCAGUGGCUUCUGGUCGGCCUCAGUCGGCAUGACAACCUCUUUACCCUGCGGCUUGAGAAGGGAGGGGGCUCACGGGAAGCUCAGGCUCAGCUGGGCAGCAGGAGGGUGAUUGUGAUUCAUCCGGCCACCGUGAUGGUCGGUAACAUACCAAAUUCUGGAGACAAGACUUCUGGCUUUCAGGGCUGUCUGCGGGACAUUCGUCUGAAUGGACACGUCCUGCCUCUGGACGGCCAGAGCAGGGAUCUGGUGACGGUGCUGGAAAGACGAGGUGUGGCCCCCGGAUGCUCCAGUGACGCCUGCAGCAGCCAGCCCUGCCUCAGCCCUCUGCACUGCGUGGACCUGUGGAGGAAGCACCAGUGCAGGUGUCCUGGAGGUCAGGUGACCGUGACAGACGCGUCGGGGCGGCAGCACUGUGUUCCUUCGCCCUGUGGGCCCUCCUCCUGUCGUAAUGGAGGCGUCUGCCAGGCAUUGACGCCUGACAGCUACAGGUGCAGGUGUCAGGAAGGCUUCAGGGGUCAGCGCUGCGAGGUGGGGCAGGUCAAAGGUCAACGCAUGGCUGCCCUCAGUCCCAGCUCCAUCCUGGCCAUCAGCAUGUGUCUGCUCGUCUUCUUUGCCGUGCUGGUGGCAGUGACCGUGUGGAACCAGAAAGGUAGCCGAAACAAGUUCAGGAAGCGUGGAGUUCAUCACAUCCCUGCUGAACAGCAGAGCUGGGAGGACAUCCGGGAGAACAUCCUGAACUACAACGAGGAGGGCGGCGGGGAGCAGGACCAGAACGGUUACGACAUCACGGAGCUGAAGCGCCCCUUGGGCUCCAGUCUGUCCCAGCCCUCUUCCUGCACCACUGCCCCGUUGAUCAAGUCUGCCACAGGCUCUCUGGAGGAGGCCCGCCCAUCUGGCUCCUCCUGCAGCUCCGGUGCGCCUUACCUCAGCAUUCUGCAUCAGCACCAGCAGCCAGCCUCCAACUACAGCAGUGACUUUGCCCUAGCCAUCUACACGCCUCUGGGAGGCAGACACGUCGAGGUGAGUGAUGCCAGUGCCGCCCCAAUUGGGUGUCGCUCCCAUGUGGACUUUAAAAGCUACGUGGCUCGGAUCAUCUGGGAGGCGGACAACGACAGUGAGGCGCUGCCACCGGACACCUGCUACGUGUGGUGCUUUGAGGGCUCGGGCUCAUGUGCAGGAAGCCUCAGCUCACUGGGGUCGGCUGUAUCCCGCACAAACAUCUCCGGCCAAGGAACUGAGGACGGAGACGACGAUGAGGGGGGGGUUGACGACAGGCUGUCGUGCUGGGGCUCCAACUUUCAGGCUCUGAGCAAGAUGUACGAUCGGCCCCAGCCACCUGAGCCAUCAGCACUAGGACAUGGACGGUGUAAAGGUCCCCGCACAUGCUAAUCCCAUUUUUGGAGCAUUCCACUACAAUAAUGGCUCACUGGUUCAUGUUAACAUACUCUGGGUGUGUUAGAGGUGCACUUGAUACUUAUUUUACAUUUUUCUAUUUUAGCCAAUCCUGUCUAAGCACAAUUUGUUUCUUAGUCCCACACUUUACUACGUCCAUUCUCAACCACUCAGAACCAUGCACCUGCGGUCCUACCCAGACAAACAGAAUACCUAAACAGUAUUUCUAACGAACAUAAUUGGACAUAAUUGGCAUGUAGCACAGGCGUCUGUCACAGCUCUGUGACAGACGCUGUGACAGAAUAAUGGCUCACUGGUUCAUGUUAACAUACUCUGGGUGUGUUAGAGGUGCACUGGAUACUUAUUUUACAUUUUUCUAUUUUAGCCAAUCCUGUCUAAGCACAAUUUGUUUCUUAGUCCCACACUUUACUACGUCCAUUCUCAACCACUCAGAACCAUGCACCUGCGGUCCUACCCAGACAAACAGAAUACCUAAACAGUAUUUCUAACGAACAUAAUUAGACAUAAUUGGCAUGUAGCACAGGCGUCUGUCACAGCUCUGUGUUUCUGGAGCACAUUGCUGUCUAAGCAGCUACUGCAUGUGCAGGAACCUUUAGAAUAGAUGAUGAUGUUAAUAUGAGGAAAGAACAGUUUGAACAUCUUUUCAUUUGCAGAUCUUUUAUCUCAUGUUCGAAAGAAAUGUGACCCACCCUCAUUCUAAUCCAAGUUGUGACUUUAGUGCAGCAGCUCCUCCUCCUGCCAACACCAAGACAAAGUCCUAGCCCUGUAAAGUACUUUCAACAGGAACUGGCAAUAAAGCUUUUCUGAUUCUCUUGCACAUCCUAGGACAUCCUAGGAUUCAAAACAGAGUUUGGAGUCUUACACUCACACACUUAGUUGUUUUGCCUGCUUUUCUGAAGAAAGACGUUCGUAUGUUUCCUCUGCUUAGGGCUGAAUUUGUUCUUCGUGAACAUUCAGCACAUUUAGAAGAGGCAGAUGUUUGUUUUAUAUUAGCAUCAGAUUGUGUAAAAAAUCUUCUGUUGGAAGAAAUAUUCAGGUUCAUAUUUUCAGCAGCAACAUAAAGACCUGAAACGUUUUAUUGCUACACAAAAAAAAGUCAGUUUUUAAGAAACAUCUUUAGCUGCUUUGUUUCCACAGUGUUUAGUCUAAAUGAACCAGGGCCUGGUGAGCUUUUACAUCUCUGCAAUUUCCAGCAUGUAAAUAUGAUGAGAGAUAAUUUUUUAUGCGGCUGGAUGAGUGUUGAGUGCAGAACCUGAAGCCGAAGGCUCGGGCAGAGAGCACUCACAUCCUCAGGAUUUCCAGACGGCUGAUAUGAGCUGGGAGGUUGCAGCAGCCAGUGCUAGUAAGGCACCCAGACUUCUAUUGUGUGAAACAACGACCUGUCAGCACUGUCUGAUGACAUUUAGAGGUUGAGCUGUGAAACAACUCGUAGACAUGUGACAGCUGCUAACAGAAGCCAUCCUCCAGGUGCCAGAGCUGUUUUUGAUUACGCACUGCCUGAUGAAUAUAGUUUUAUACAGUGAGUCACAGACAAGCAUUGAGUACAAUCACUUUGUUUAGAGGAAUAGUGAAGAUUUGCAUGUGUCAAUCAUCAGUCCUUAAAGCUAUGCAUCCUAAUGAAACAGCAACAGCGACUCUGUGACAAGUUUACUUGUUUUCUAGUAAACAGUAAAUAAAUAUUCCUUUAGUAUAUGACUUUUAAUAAAAAUGCUUUUCCCCUGCAAGCUUUUAUUUCAGUUAAUUAGAAGAAAGAUUAAAUUAGUUUUAGUAGGUAGAAGAAAAAAUAGGGUCUCUAGACUUGAAAGCACUCACUAAUGUUUUUACAGUCUGCGAACACGGGGAUAACAUGCAAACUCCAAACAGAAAGGUACCCCGUCUGCCUCCGGGAAUCGAACCCAGGACCUUCUAGCUGUGAGGAGACAGUGCUACCCACCGCACCACCCAACAAUUUAUAGAAUAAUUCAUAAAGAUGCACUAAGUAAUUUCUCCAGUUUUUUAACUGAGACAGUCGUUUGGCCACUUGACUCACUCUGCUGUAUCCACACAAUGGCUUUAUCUUGGGAUUUGCUGUGGUGCCACGUCGCCGCCUGGUGGAGAAAUUUAGAGGUUGUAUUUUCAGACAGGGAUCGAUUUUUACAUGAGUGUUAUUGCUUCUAUUUAACAGGGUAAUACUUAAGAAUGAAGAGACACUCCAUUGCUCCAUAAUUUCUAUGCUGAGAAGUUAUUAUUUAUUCCUCCCGUAAGACACCUCGGCAGGUAGUUUGCUUUGGGCUCAAAAACUACUAGUGCUUCCUGGUUUUCUCUGUACCUGCCCCAGCAACGGUCAGGCUGAGAGGGGGUGGAGCCAGCCUGUUGGAGCGAUACUGCUCUGUCCGCCAUUGUUUUCCUCACAUACCUGUACAGCACUAAUAUUGAACCAGACGACCUGCUCUGGAUUAUUUAGAAGACAGCUAGUGUUAGAACAGUCUGAUAUUCAGGGUUAUUUGUAUGAUCCAAAGUGCAGCCCAGAGGAGUUACAGUACUCAGUGGAUGAAGCUGUCACAGCCGAAAGGCCAGGCAGCCAACAGCAGGGUGAUCUGACCACGGGGCAGCUUACAGGAGACAGCUGGUGGUCUGCACCACACGCCGAUGUGAACAACUGAAUAUGCAGAGAAACUCAUCCAUGCAUUUGUUACCUCUAGACUGGACUACUGUAACUGUAACAUCCCAUGAGUACUGUAACUCAUGGGAUGUCCUAUGGGACAACUGCUCCUUAAAUUUCCUACAGCUAAUUCAAAAUUAUGCAGCCAGAGAUUUGAUGGUACUUAGAAAGAGAGAUCACAUUUCUCCUACAUUAGCUUCUCUGCACUGGCUGUCUGUAAAAUGUAGGAUGUAAUUUAAAAUUCUCCCACUCACCUACAAAGUACUCAAUGAUAAAGCUCCUUCUUAUCUUAAAGACCUCGUAGUUCCUUAUGCUCCCAGCAGAACGCUUCUUUCUCAGAGCGCUGGGCAACUUGUGGUUCCUAGAGUCUUUAAAUGUUAAACGGGAGGCAGAGCUUUUAGCUACCAAGCUCCUCUCCUCUGGAACUAGCUCCCUCUUCAAGUUCGAGAAGCUGACACAUUCUCCACCUUUAAGAUCAGGCCUAAAACCUUCCUUUUUGAUAGAGGUUAUAGUUAGAGAUGGUUCAGGUCACUGGCACUGAUUGUUAGUCACAGGAACCGUCUCUUAGUUAAACUGCAAUAGACAUAGACUGCUGGGGGACUUAUACACUGAGCUCCUCUGUUUCCUUCUACCUCUUCUGUCCAAUAACCUCCCAUCAUUGUUUCAUGUUAACUAGCCUUGUCUUUUUCUCUCCAGUAGUUGUGCUUCUCCCCCGAUCUCUCUCUCUCUCCUCCAUUCUGUCCUUACCUACAAGUAUCCUCGGAAUCAGAGCUGUUUGUCUGUGAUGGGCAGCUGCAAAUCUAGCCACCCUGCCUGUUACCAGUCCCUGAUCCAACCAUUCUGCCUGUGUCCAGUCCCUGGUCCAACCAUCUUGCCUGUGUCCAGUCCCUGGUCCAACCAUCCUGCCUGUGUCCAGUCUCUGGUCCAACCAUCCUGCCUGUGUCCAGUCUCUGGUCCAACCAUCCUGUGUCCAGUUCCUGGUCCAACCAUUGUGCCUGUAUCCAGUUCCUGAUCCAACCAUCCUGCCUGUGUUCAGUCUCUGGUUCAACCAUCCUGUGUCCAGUCUCUGGUCCAACCAUCCUGCCUGUGUCUAGUCCCUGGUCCAACCAUCCUGCCUGUGUCCAGUCUCUGGUCCAACCAUCCUGUGUCCAGUUCCUGGUCCAACCAUGGUGCCUGUAUCCAGUUCCUGGUCCAACCAUCCUGCCCGUGCUCUGUUGUUGUUUGUUGUUGUUGUUUUGCUUUUCUCUCUCCCCUCACUCCAACCGGUUGAAGCAGUUGGCCGCCCACAUUCAGCCUGGUUCUGCUGGAGGUUUCUUCCUCCCCACUGUCACUCUCCAAAUUGUAAUUAAAGGUUUGCUGUAUGUGGUAUCUGUUGGUUUUAAUUGUUUAAGGUCUUAAACCUUACCUUGUAAAGUGUCUUAAGAUAAGUGCCUUGUUGUGAUUUGACACUAUAUAAAUUACAUUGAAUUCAAUCAAAUAUCCCUGUGCUGAAUUUCACCGCUGCUGAUUUUGUUCGGAUGAAGUUGUGGAUUCUACUACUGACGACACACCAUCAGUAUUGAGUUACAGGUGGACAGAGGAGCUGGAAACUAGCGUCAGGAUAUCGAGAAGAAUCUGGAAAAACAGCCAGGAUGGAACGGUUGAAUAAGCACAAAGUCAGUAAUAUAUUCAUUCGUUUACUGUUUUAGCUUGUGCUGUGAAAGUUGAGUAAAGUUACGAGCUGCUGCUUGUGUGUUUUAGACUGUCAGGAGUAAUGUUAGCUUAUGUUGCUAAUGCUAGCUUGUGUACUAGCUCUGAGUGGCUGGCAGCAACUAAUUCCAUAUUACUACUUCAUUUUGUAGGCAAUAUCAGCAUCAUUGCUGCUGAUUGAUAGCUUGGCUAGCAGAAAUCCUAAUCCUAAAAAAAUAAUUCAUCGGCCUCGGUCAUACGUCUAUAAACAACACCUCACUACACUGAUGCAGAUUCACCCCCUGCCACCCCACCUUACAGUCUCACUGUCUGCUCUCCGACCUUAUCUAUCUGUCCUGAUGAACCCAAGAAAAAAUUCCAGCAAGGUUUCCACUUGUACUGUGUGCCACUGUAUGUGUGUGUGUUUUUUAUUGUUUGUACUGCAAUUGCUUCCACUGUCGGACUAGCGCCGGGUAACCUGGCUGCUGAUGGGAAUUUCCCCGCUGUGGGACUAAUAAAGGCAUUCUAUUCUAUUCUAAAUGAUCGCCGAGCGUAAGACUGAAUAUUUAUGAAUGUGCAAGUAGACUCCACCCCUACCCUCAAACAGCGCUGGUCUCAGAUCAGAGACGCGAAUUCAAACACCUCAAACAUGCACCUCAAACCCCGCCCACAUCUGAUCUGGACACUUUUGUUUAUAGCGUGGACAUAACUUCGGCUAGCUAGUAAAGUUAUCUAACUAAUUCUCCACCGGCGCCACAGAAAUAUUCUAUUCAAACCUACUUAACUCAACCCGCACACCUGCCGUUACAGCCCGUUUAAUCUCCCCUAACGGGAGGGAGUCGAAGCUGACGGCCAUGAUGGCUUCGACUUCAGGUUUCUCUCUAGUAUUGUCGUCCACCGAUCCAGAGUCAGAUGUGGGCGGAGCUAUGCUGUAUACUGUUUGACGUGUUUGAGUCCGCGUCACUGAUCUAGGAUAGUAGGGGGUGGAGUCUACUUAAAUAUUCAGUUCGAUCAUUUAACAUUUAACAUUUACAUUUAACAUUUAACAUUUACAUUUACAUUUACACUUACAUUUAAAAUUUACAUUUACAUUUACAUUUACAUUUACAUUUACAUUUAACAUUUAAGAUUUAGAUUUAACAUUUAACAUUUACAUUUAGAUUUAACAUUUACAUUUAGACUUUUGCACAUUUAACUAAAUGUGAGAAAACUAGUUUCAGGUGCUCCUUUUACAUUCGGUACCCCAUAUUCUUGGAAGCGACAACAGUCUUGUUUUGACAGCCAUUAACAGCAGAUGAAGAAAAGAAGAGAAGAGAGAGAAAGAAGAAGUUUUGGCUAAAUGAAGAAUCUGUAGCUUUCUAACAACUGUCUGCUUUGAUUCAAAUUAAAAAGCUGCUGAACAACUAAGAAAUUAUAUCUUUAUUCAAAAACUUAUUUAUAUAAUAUAACCGUUUGUUAAAAAUGUAAAGCAAUGUCUGAGCGUUUAUCUGUUAGAUUCAGCUGUGCUUCUGGCAGCGCAGAGAGAUGAUGCAUCUCUGCCAGACGCCAGGGGCCAUUCAAGAAGGACGUUUUGUUGAAACUUUGAGUUCGUUAACCCCGAAAUGGGGAAAACUCAGUUUUCGGUUUCAGGAAGGGAGGUAACCUAAAACCCGUAAAGCGGGGUAAAUUAAAUGCGUUUCAAGAAGAGGUAAUCGAAACUUAUGGGGUGCCAAAUGUAAAAGGAGCACCUAUAACUAGUUUUCUCACAUUUAACUAAAUGACACAACAUGUUUUCUCACAUUUAGUUAAAUGUGCAAAAGUCUAAAUGUAAAUGUUAAAUGUUAAAUGUAAAUGUUAAAUGUAAAUGUAAAUGUUAAAUGUUAAAUGCUAAAUGUUAAAUGUAAAUGUUAAAUGCUAAAUGCUAAAUGUUAAAUGUAAAUGUUAAAUGUAAAUGUUAAUUUAAUUAAUUUAUUUGAUCUGGAAACUUUUGUUUUUAGCCUGGACGUAACUUCGGCUAGCUAGUAUAGUUAGCCAACUAAUUCUCCACCGGCGCCACAGAAAUAUUCUUUUUAAACCUAGACUCCUCAUUAAUGGUGUUUAAGACAGAACGGCAGUUUGAAGCGGAGCCUCAGCCCGCACACCUGCCGUUACAGCCCGUUCAAUCUCCCCCAACGGGAGGGAGUCGGAGCUGGCGACCAUGAUGGCUUCGACUUCAGGCUUCUCUCCAGUAUUUUCGUCCAGAGUCAGAUGUGGGCGGAGCUAUGCGUACUGUUUGACGUGUUUGAGUUCGCGUCUCUGAUCUGAGACCAGCGCUGUUUGAGGGUAGGGAUGGAGUAAUGCCCAUUCAUGAAUAUUCAGUUUUACACUCGGCCAACAUUUAACAUUUACAUUUAACAUUUAACAUUUACAUUUAACAUUUAACAUUUACAUUUAACAUUUAACAUUUAUAUUUAACAUUUAACAUUUAACAUUUAACAUUUAUAUUUAACAUUUAACAUUUAACAUUUAGAUUUAACAUUUAACAUUUACAUUUAUAUUUAACAUUUACAUUUAUAUUUAACAUUUACAUUUAGACUUUUGCACAUUUAACUAAAUGUGAGAAAACAUGUGUCAUUUAGUUAAAUGUGACUGUAGCUCAGUUGGUAGCGUGUCGACUUCGGAAGGCAAAAGGUCUGCGGUUCGAUCCCCCGCCUCGGCAUCAGGUGUGUCCCUGAGCAAGACACUUCGCGCUAACUCCCCGAGCGGCGCUUAUGUGGCAGCUCACUGCUCCCCCUAGGGGGAUGGGUCAAAUGCAGAGAAUGAAUUUCCCCACUGUGGGACUAUUAAGGGUUAAUUUCUUUUUUUUUAUGGCAAACUCUGUGAACCUAACCUGGUUGGGAGGAGGUUUUGUUCAGGAAACCCAAAGUUUCCUUCAAUCUCCGCCCCUUUUUAAAGUGAACAGUGUUUAAAUAGGCCAACCUCAUUUAUUCUUUUAGUACAUUCAUAGAUUGCACCUGUUUCCUUCGCACAGAUUUUAAAAUGGCACGUCCAUUUCUAGACAAUCCUGUAGAUGAGGAGGCUGUAUUAAUUCACACGGCAUUAAAUAUAUACGCCACAAGUUAAUUUUUUGUGACAUCCGCAUGCAUAUUUAUUUGAGCUGUACUGUUUUUCUCAAGAGUCCAUAUAUGAUGGCUCUCAAGCCAGAAGUGUUAAAGGUAUAAAAAACAAAACAAAAAAAAAUUUGGAGUGAGCGCUCCGCACAUUGGUCUCGGGAAAAUAGUUGGAGUGAGCGCUCUUGUUGCUCGUGUUUUAGUAAAUAUCUUUUUGUGGAGGUAAGCUAGGUUAACGGGGAGGAGAAACAAACGGUAGCUCAUGCAAAUGUUUAAGGCAGUUUUACAAUGCUGGAACUUUGGUUGCGUAUGUCUUUGUGAGUAUGAACGAGCAUAAAUUGUACAACCUUUUGGCAUGCAACGCUAUCGUAUGUAAUUGUUAAUUAACUAUUUCUGUACGUUUCAGUUACAAUGUCAUAAAGCUGGGAACUUCAAACGAGAAACGCAA